AUGGGCGACAUGUCGCCGGCGGCGGCGCCGCUGGAGGACGAAAACCUACUCUCAGAGAUCCUCCUCCGCCUCUCCCCGCUGCCGUCCUCCCUUCCCCGUGCAUCUGCCGUCUGCAAGCGCUGGCGCCUCCUCGUAUCAGACCCCGGCUUCGUGCGCCGCUUCCGCCGCCGCCACCGACGCAGCCCUCCCUUCCUCGGCUGCUUCGUCCCACACCGGGGAGGCGUCUCCUUCACACCUACCAUGGAUUCCCCGGAUCGUGCCGCCCCCGGGCGUUUCUCCUUGCAGCUCGACGACGGCUACCGCUUCUGUCUCCUCGGCUGCCGCCAUGGCCUUGUGCUCAUCUCCAACGAUUCACGGAAGCAAAUCCUGGUGUGGGACCCCGUCACCGGCGACCAGCACCACAUCGCCUUUCCCCCAAGGCUUCACGGGAUUACCAACUCGAUUCAUGGGGCGUUGCUUCGUGCCGCCGGCGAGGUGGGUCACUUCCAGGUGGUGCUGCUACAGGACAUAGUUGAUGAAGAUCAUUUCAGAGUGAUCGCCUGCGUUUAUUCGUCAGAGACCGGCCGAUAG